AUGAAAGCCCUCCUGCGCAAAAAGUCCCACUCGCGCGAACCCGCGCCGGCACUCGCACCACCUCCGCCCUUACCCGCAUCCACGUCCACAUCCUCCCUCGAAGCGCCUCCACCACUAUACGCCCGUUUCGCACGGUCCGGCAGUGCCAGCCCCACCGUGGACGACGUUGGCCAGGGCUCGGGAGCGAGACCGAGUAUAGGCGGGCCGAUGCCGCUCGCGAGUAAAGCUGCACGGGCCCAAGCCGGCGGUAGAGACAAGGCGCUUCCUACGCCCGCACCCGUUCAGGAGGCGCCCAGGAUCGGAAAGAGCUCUUCCUCGUCUGGAUUCAGGAAUGGAAAUGGCAACGGAUAUAAUGGAGGGAGGGAGAUGAACGGUGGGGGUAGUGGUAUCAGGGAUAUGAACGGACAAGGACAGGGAGGGCUGCCGAGUCCACCGACUAGCCCCGCUCUUGCGCCUACAAAUGUUGUCAGGCCUAUGAGCAGCGUGCUGGACGACCCGUUCGCGGCGCCGAGGUUCGCGACGCCGCCUGCUAUGCCGAGGGAUCCGGAGAUGGAUGGGCUUAAUGGACGGUCAAAGAGGGAUAGUAUGGGCUCAGCAUACGCUCAACAGGCACCGAUCCAACCAACGACCCCCCGCCGCGCCUCGAAACUUGUCAAACGCGCCCCAUCCUCCUCCCAAGUCCCACAACAAUCCCGCGCGCCGCACUCCCCGCCACCCUCCUUCAUGCGCGGACCAAACGGCGUCAUCACGCCCCCUCAAAGCGUCGACGGCCACGGUACACGCUCCAUCGACUCGCACAUGGGACCGAGAUCGAUCGACGGGCACGGUGCGGGUCCACGUUCAUUAGACGGCCAUCUCCACCGCCUCCCGCAUCCACCGCCCUCGCAAUUCCAACAGCAGCAGCAGCAUAAUCAUAAUCAUCUGCAUAAGCGCUUGUCGAAGCAGCCCUCUCAGCGCUCUGUACACUCAGGCGGACCCGUGAACCUCUAUGCAGACCCAUCGCACGAAGAGUUCGAUCCGGCCUCGUUCGCCAGUCCUGCGCCUAGCAUCUCCGGACUCCCUGCGCAAGGUCAAGAGGCGUAUGCGCCGCCGCAGCCGGUACAGAGGAAGGCGUCGUCGGGGGUGGCUGGAGUUGGUGUAGGAGGGGGAGCGCCGAGCGUGAAACCGGGCCAGAUAUUCCCCGCCCGACGAGGUCCGCUCAUAUUCGGCGCGCAGGACAGCGGUGCGGCGCCCAGAGCGAUUCCAGCGUCUGGCCCGCCUCAACCUCCUUCUGCACCAUCAUCUUCAGCAGCACCUCAACUUGCGCCGGGAUUUCAACAGCAGCAGCAGCAGAGACUGAGGGGUCCACAGGGAUACGGUCCUCCACCUCAAGCGCAAUCGGUGCAAGUGCAAAGAUCAGCAUCGCAGCAGAUUCCCACGCCUCCCGAAAGGGAACGCGAGACGUUCGCGCCGCCCCCGCGCUCGUCGUCUGUUUCGCAGCCGAACGGAGGGGGAGGGGGAGGGACGGUGUCGUACAUCCGCGGACCGGACGGCGUGUUGAGGCGCGUUCAACAGCCCGCGCCCACUUCUACGCAGACCCCAGCGCAUUCCGAGCGCGUGCUGAGUCCGCCGCCGGGGUCGGAGAGGAUGCUGUCUCCACCACCGGGCUCUUCGCGCGGGAUUUCUCCUUCGCCUGCGACGUCGUCGAGAGUACUCAGUCCUGAGGCGCCUUUGCGGGCGCUGUCGCCGAGUCCUGCGCCUACUGCGCGCGCGUUGAGUCCGCCGAUUGAGCCUGGUUCAGGCGCAGGUGCGGGGAGGCAGAGGAUUACGGCUGAGGGGAGGCAGAGGGCCGAUUCGAAUGCGCGGGCUUCGAGAGCGAGGAAGGACUCCGCGGCUGGAGUUGAGAGGCAGAGGAAGGAAUCUGCUGUUGGAAGACAGCCGACGGACUCGUCGCUCGAGUCGGCGAGUGGGAAGGGGAGGAGGAGGGGCAAGAGUAAGAGCGGAGACGAUCUGGACGCGGAGAACGAAAGGGAGGGCGCGGAGAGGGAGAGGGAGAGGAAGUUGACGGAUAGCGGGACGUACGACGCGUACUCGCCCUACGACGCCGCUCUCACGUUUGCGUCUGCGUCACGUCCUGGGACCGGAACGUCGUCCAACAGACCCGGAACCGGAACAUCAUCUGCGCAUUCAAGGCCGGGGACUGCUACGUCCGCUUCUACGUCCCGAGCAGUGACGCCGCCCGCUACGAGCCUCUUAUCGACAAGCCCACCACCGAUGUACGCCGAUGGACUCGUCGCGUCGCCCAUUGACGCAUUCGCACCUUCGCAUUCGCCUCUAUCGCAUUCGCCCGCGCCCCCCUCACCGCUCCCACCUUCGCGCUCACCACAACCUCCGCCAUCACCUCAACAGCGCCGCGCAUCGCCCGUCCAGCACCGCGAUAGGCGCGCCGUAUCGCCCGACACAAUGCGUUACGGCUCACCCGAGAAACCACGCGUUCUCCCCACAUAUCCCACAAGCUCUACUCCGGGCUCUCCGCGACAGACGCAUCGGAAGAGCAGGGCGUUCGAGGAGCAGAGGAAGAGCCGCGCGUUCGACGAGAGCUUUGAGUCCGAGGGCGACUUUGAGCCCGUGGGCGGGAUGGACGAGGAGAGGAGGGCGUCGAGGGCGCUGUUGAGUGAGGGGUUUAGGGCUUCGAGGGCGUUGUUGAGUGAGGAGAAGGUGCGGUUGGAGGGGGAUAGGGAGGGGGAGAAGAGGCCUGUGUCGUACGUUGAUGAGAAGGAGGCUAUGAGGGAGAAGGAGAAAGAGAAGGAGAUUGGGAGGGAGAAGACGGUCACGCGCGAGGAUAGGCGCAAGUCGAGGAUCGGAGGGAUCGCGGAGAAGAGGGUUUCGAGGCUCGUUGAGAGGCCUGUUACACCCCCUGCCACACAAGAGAAUGGGAACGGGGCGGUGCAGAGCUCGCCGACGUCGCCGUCGAGGGUUCGGACGAGGGCUGCUGCUGGCGCGCUGGAGCCUGUUCGACAGAGUGUGGUGGAGGAUAGUCUUGAAGAGACGUACUAUCCCAUCCUCAAGCAUCUCGGCGAGCCUGAUUUGCUUGAUGGUCUCAUGCGGUACCUCACCUUCGCAGACUGGCUCUCCCUCUGGACCUGCUCCCGCCAAAACAUGAAAUACCUAAACGAAACGCCCUACCUCCGCGAACUAAUUCUCGAGCGGUGGCUCGCGCCCGUCGGAUACACACGCUGGCCGCUCCCUUCUUCCGGCCCCGGCGCCACGAUCGCGCAGAGCAAGAACAAAGACCCUCUACCGCUCACGCUUAAGGAGCUCGCGGCGUACAUGCGCGGCGUAUCCGCCCCGCCACAGGCGAAUGUGCUUCUGGCGCAGGACGCGUUGAGGGGACAGGCGCCGGCUGAUGCGGUCAGGGCCGCGAAGAAGAGCACGAGGGCGUAUAAUCGCGUUGUGCUUCGCCUGAGGGCGCAGGCCGAGCUCGUACCGCCCGAUCGGGAGCGGACUGGUCGGCGGGAGCGGAGCGAGCAGGGUCAUGGGCCUCCGCCGUCGUGGAGCGCCGGUGGACGUGCUGCGGGAGGACGCAGUCAGUCUCGGGCGCCUAGUCCGACGAAUAGUGCGUGGGGCGGACAUUCGACGAGCGGACAUGGUCGACGGCCGUCGCAGGGUGGCUCUACGCCUCCCCAGCUGCCUGUAGUCAACACUACGAACGCACUGUACCGCCCUCGCCGCGCACCGCUGUUGAGAGUGUUCGUACCAGCCAACGGAGACUGGCUAGACGACCAAGGCGUCCUCGAAGCCGAGGGCGAACUCCGCAAAGCCGGUAUCGCGCCCUUCUUGCGCUCCGGGGACGUCGUAUGGGACACCGCGCUCGGCGACGAGGGCAAUACGGGCCGCAUGCUCUGGGACGGUCGGUACCUUAUCGAUCUGGAUUAUACGUAUACGCCGCUGGGGGAUGUGCCGGGGAGUUUACCAAGUCUGGCGUUCGCGCCGAGCUUUUGGCAUAGGGUUGUUCGGACUAGUGGGGAGAGGGGGCCGGUUGUGCAUGUCGAUGUCAGUCCGUGGGCGGAGGAGAUUGCGGGGAAUUUACAGUUGUUGCAGGAUAGGGUCCGGACAGAGACACCGCAAGGCAACUACCAUACCGUCGUCCGAUGGGUCCACCGCUCAUCAUUCUCCGUCCGACAUCUGAACCCACCACACGCACCAACUCUCAUCCUCCCCGGACGCGUCAGCGCGCCUAUUGACCAGGGCUGGUACGGCACAGUCGUGAUCGAGGCUGAAGGCACGAACGAGGGCCUCGCGGAUCUGCAACAGCGUUGUAGAGGAGGGUUCCCGCCUAAUGCUGCACCGGGGCAUACAUUGAGGAGAGGCGAGCGCGAGUUUAAGGUGUGGCGCAUUCUGCGCGAGCGCAGUCGACCGGGCGAGAUCUGGAUCCGCGCGGUGAGCUACAAGGAGAGGUUGCUACCAUGA